AUGAAGCUGAUAUCAUUUAACACUAUACUAGUGUGCUUAACUGUCACAGUGAAGAGUCAAAAAUAUCAAGAGGAAAGCUUUUCAUUUCCACCCCAAUUUGAAACCCCUAGUUCGGUUUUAUUUUCUUCGGAUAGUUCUGUUUAUUUGUCACCAGAAUCACGAACAUCAAUACCUUAUUAUGCUUUAAACGAUAUCAAUAAAUUAUCAUAUCAGUAUUUGUCUCCUACUGGAACAAAAGCGCCAUCAUUUUACCCUACAUCUUUUCCUAUGAUCAUGUCGUCAACUUCAAAAUCCAGUUUUGAAGAUGACAAUGAUGAUGAUGAACGCAAUAAUCAACAUCGUCGUUUAAUAAAUAUAAAGCGAACUCCAUCUAUCAAUAUAAAUAAUACUUCAGCUUCGCGACAACUAUUUGACAAGAAAGAAUUAGAAAGAAACUCAAGGAUCCCAAGCUUUUCAAAUGGUGAAAAAAGUAUUGACGUUAAAUUACCAAAUUUUAUGUCUAGUACUAAUACACCCAUGCAAAAUUUUAUAAAACCAGCUGCCCGAAGAAUGAUCAUAACAAGUGAAUUUCAGAAGGUCGACUCCGAAAUGGAUCAAGUCAAAUCUGCUUCUAUUAAAAAUUCUCAGUAUGUUCAUGCACCUGGUAUUUUUGUUUCGUCUACAACAGAACCUGCAAUUCCUAUACUUCGUUUAUCUAAUGAAAUGGAUUUAGAUGGGAGUUUUAGCUAUGAAGCUUUAGGGGCAGAUCAAACUCAUUACGUGCAACAUAGUCGCAUGGAAAAUAUGGGAACUGAUAAAGAAGAGCAAGUUGUAGAAGGCUCGUAUUCUUAUAUUGGCGAUGAUGGACGAACAUACACCGUCCACUAUGUCGCUGAUUCUAACGGAUUUCGAGCUAGCGGUGAUCACCUACCUGUACCACCUCCGAUCCCGGAAAUAAUACAAAGAUCUAUUCAGUAUAAUUUGGCAGAAGAAGCAAAAAGACCACCACACCUAAAAUCUUCAUGGGAAAACGAAGAAAGGGAAUACGUGGGUGAAGAAACAAGACGUAAUGUUUAUCAUGUGCCACCACCUCGUAGCUUAUUUACAGGAAGAACACCUGAAGCAUUUUCGCUUGGGUUUUCUCAAGGAUCGAUGCCUAGUUCAGUAAAAAUAACAAGCUCAUCUGCUCCAAACAAAACUAAUUUUGAAAUGAAUGCAGAUCAAUCUAAAUCAAAGGUAAAUAUUAUGGAAACUUCGAUUUCGCCACAAAUUACAUUCCUUGCUUCACAAGGUGCUCACAAUCCUGCCAUUUACUCUCAGACCCACUCUACUAAAGUUAUCGGUAUGGAAAAAUCGCCUUUACCUAAAUUAAUGAAUUAUGAAGCUGACAUAAAAGAAAAUGAGCAAGAAGCUAAUAAAGCUCUAUGGAGAUGGCAAUAUGGUUUAAAUACUGAGACAAAUCAAAACUCAAAUAAAAACUCCAUAUCCAGAUCAUCAAGUGAUAGCGAUGAUAUAUACAUAAAUUUUUCAGAUAUGACACCUACUCAAUAUAAACAGAUUAUGCAAUCACAAAUUUUAGGUAAGAAUACUGUAGAAUCCAAUACUAUUGAACGUAGUACAGAAGUGCAAUUCUCUUCACCGCGCUACAGUGAAAAUAUUAAUACGUACGAUGCCAAUAACAUUAACAACGAGAGCUUAAAAAAUAUGAUGACGGAAAAAUAUCAAUCUUAUACUUCUACUGAACACAGUGACUUAUACCCUCAUGAAACACAAAAGUUUAAAAUGGAUUCUAAUAUUUACUCUGAUAUAAUUAGCAGCUAUAAUUUUACGCCACAAAGUCAAAUAGCAACAAAAUCCUAUAAUGUAGAAGUUACAUCGUUUGAGCCUUCCCCAAUAAAUGCUAUAAAUGACAUGUCUGCGAAUUAUAGCAUGUAUAAAAAUUACUAUCCAUAUAAUAACAAUUACAAAGGUGAAAAUAAUUCAUUUAUAGAAACCGUAAAAAAACAAACUUCUUCUGUUGAAUCAACACAUGACUAUCUAAACAAUGGUGAACAUUUUGAUGUAGAGCCAAAUGGAAAAAAUACUUUCAAACCCUUAUCAAUUAAAACAGAAGUAGAUUUCAGGAAAUAUGAAACUACAACUACCGAAGCACCUAUCGAAAAUAUUAUAAAAGAUAAUAUUUUCUUGAGAAAUUUGUUUAAAGUGCCUGAAAAAGAGGGCACAGAUCAAAAACCAGUAGUAGAUAAUGACAAUAUAAAUAACCAAAAAUACUCUGAGCCAAAAAUCGACAAGGUGCCUAAAUUUAUUCAAUUUGAGCAACGUCCGCAAAAUGAUAUUAAAUAUUUUAAUUCAAAACCUUUAGAUUUGGGUGAUGUUCUCAACUAUGUAGUCAUGAAGAAUCAUUUUGAAUCAGUAAAAACAAAACCAAAAAAUAAACCAACGAAUAAUUAUAAUCAGAACUCAAAUAUAAAAGAUGGAAGCGCCGCUCAUUACAUACCAAUUAAAGAAAAUAAUGAGAACCGUGAAAUAAAUAAGAAAGACACUGACUUCCGAGUAUUGAAUAACGAACAGCAGCAAGAAUUACACGGGCUUAUUAAAAAUUAUAAGGUUCUUCAACGUCGUAAAAAUCUGGACCAAAAGAAUCAAUUCCCACCAGAACCUCAACGACAUAUAAAAACCUUUCAUACACCAGGUCUACCUCCGCUAGGACGAGCGGGUCCCUCUUUAAAAAGUUACUUACCUCCAAUAUAUUUA